CGGGGCUACUGCCGUCUGUCCGGGCCCGCCGGACGCGGUCCGCAGCCCCAUUCCUACCCCGCCGCCCGAGGGCGCGGCCUCCGGGAGCUGCCGUUAAACUUUGUAGAUGAAGCAUACUAUACUCAAAGCAAGUGCACAAAUCGAGUGUGUACAACUCGAUGAAUUUUCCCAAAGUGAACACAGUGUAACCAGCUUCCGCUAGAGCGUCUGUUCACUGUUAAGCCAAGUGGUGUUUCUUUUCCAACUGCAGCCAUGAGUAGCAUUCCCAGCUUCUGUGAAAGGAGUCCCCUCUCACAAGCAGAGUGUGGUGGCAUCAUUUCAUUGAGCUGGUGCCACACAGGCUGGCAUGUGAGUCUUGGACCGUGCUGGCUGGUCGCCUGUAGUGGUCCCCCCAAGACAGACUUUCUCCAUCCUUCUCACAAUGCCUCUGUCAGGAGCACAGCCUCUGCCCUGGGUCAGGAAAAGCCGGCCACUGAUGCCCUUGAUAAUGACCACAGGGCCUUGGCCUGGGGCUACUGUUGGGCUCCAGGAUUUCCCCUGCUGGCACCUGCCUUCCAGGGUGUGUGGGAGUCCCGCUGUGGCUCGACUCUGAGGAACCUGCUCUGGGUGGACCCCACAGUGUCCCCGACAUGGUGCUCAAGGCCUUCUUCCCCACGUGCUGUGCCUCGGUGGACAGUGGCCUGCUGGUUGGACGGUGGUUCCCAGAGCAGAGCAGCGCUGUGGUCCUGGCUGUGGUGCACUUUCCCUUCAUCCCCAUCCAGGUCAAGGAGCUCUUGGCCCAGGUGCAGCAGGCCAGCCGGGUUGGGGUGGCUGUGCUGGGCACCUGGUGCCACCGCCGGCAGGAGCCCAAGGAGAGCGUGGGCCACUUCAAGGAGGGUCUGGGUGCCAUCUUCUCCCAUGAGCCCUGGCUCCAGCUGUGCCGGGAGAGGAGCAGCAAGUUGUGGAGCUGCAAGGCCACCCGCUGGCAGGUGCCCACCUCUCCUGGUGCCCCCGGCGAGGACCAGGUCGUGCUCGUCCUCUAUGACCAGCGCCAGGUGCUGCUCUCACAGCUGCACCUGCCUGUGGCCCCUCCCAACCUCCAGGCUGGGGAUGCCACGGCCGGUGCAGGGGGGGGCCUGGCUGCCGUCUUCGACACGGUGGCACGCAGCGAGGCACUCUUCCGGAGGGACCGGUUCAACGAGGGCCCCGUGCGGCUGAGCCACUGGCAGUCGGAAGGCGUGGAGGCCAGCAUCCUCGUGGAGCUGGCUAAGUGGGCCUCAGGGCCCGUCUGUCUGCUGCUGGCCUUCCUGCUGUCACUCAUCUCUAGUGCCAGUGCCUGCCGGGUCUUCAGGCUGUGGCCGCUGUCCUUCAUCUGGAGCAAGCUCCACACUUGUGAGCAGCUCAGGCACCGGCUGGAGCAGCUCACCCUCGUCUGCAGCGCCCAGAGGGCUGACAGCCCUGGCCAGCCGAUGAGGAAGGCAAACGUGCUUGCAUCCCUGCUACUUGACGUGGCCCUUGGCCUGGCGCUGCUGUCCUGGCUCCGUGGGACAGACCGCAUUGGGCAGCUGGCCGAUGCCCUCGUCCCCGUGGCUGAUUGUGUGGCCGAGGGCCUCCAGCAUCUGCUGCAGUGGCUGAUGGGGGCACCCGCUGGGCUCAAGAUGAACCCAGCGCUGGACCAGGUGCUGGGCCGCUUCUUCCUCUACCACACGCACCUGUGGAUCAGCUACAUCCACCUCAUGUCCCCCUUCGUUGAGCGCAUCCUGUGGCACAUAGGCCUCUCGGCCUGCCUGGGCCUGACGGUCGCCCUGUCCAUCCUGUCGGACGUCACCGCCCUCCUCACCUUCCAUAUCUACUGCUUCUACGUCUACGGCGCCAGGCUGUACUGCCUCAAGGUCUGUGGCCUGUCUUCACUCUGGCGUCUGUUCCGGGGGAAGAAGUGGAACGUUCUGCGCCAGCGAGUGGACUCCUGCUCCUAUGACCUGGACCAGCUGUUCAUCGGGACUCUGCUCUUCACCAUCCUGGUCUUCCUCCUGCCCACCACGGCCCUGUACUACCUGGUGUUCACCCUGCUCCGGCUCCUGGUGAUCGCGGUGCAGGGCCUGGCCCAUCUACUUGUGGACCUCAUCAACUCCCUGCCGCUGUACUCGCUCGGCCUCCGGCUCUGCCGGCCCUACAGGCUCGCAGCUGGCGUGAAGUUCCAAGUCCUGGGGCAUGAGGCUGGCAGCCCCCUCCGCCUCCUGAUGCAGGGGGCACUCCUGGGAGCCGAGUGGGUCCUUCCAGCUGCCUCCACGGAGCAGCGGCCAGCUGACCCCCAGCACAAGCCGGAGCCCAGUGAGCCAGUUGCUCACACCCCAAACUGCACAGGGCUACUUGCUGAUGCUCCCAGGAGAUGGCAGUGCAGGAGAAGCCACCCGCAGGCUGUGGGGUCGCCAGUGUGAAGCCAGGCCACGCGGAGGGCUGGGUGCUGGAGAGUGGGCACUGCCCCCCUGCCCUGCUCCUGCCCGAGUCUAGCAGGCAAUUCCUCCCCUCUUCAUGGGCCCCUCAGGGAGCAGCUGGAGGCGGCGAGAGGCCACCCGGGCUGCGCCUGCCGCUGGGGCAGAGUGUGGGCUGGCGCCCCAGCGUCUGCAGGGGCGGAGGCCGGGGAUGGUGGCCUGGCACCUUGGAGCUGGGAAGGCCGCCUCUCCAUGCAUGCUCUUGGCCCCAGGCCCCAGCGGAGGCUCACUGGGAUCCCCCCUGGGGCGGGAUGGGCCCUGGCUCUACCGUUUUAUUCUGUGAUAAUAAAGCCUCCCACCUGCU